AUGUUCACCCUUCUCUUCCUGCUGGGUCUACUUCUCUCCCCCACGUCUCGUCCGACAUCAGCGGCCACAACGUUGAAGCUGAGGAAAAGCUCCUCUAGGUCGCCUCGUAUCUUGCAUAGUCUUCGACGCAACUCGCCACGGUCGCCUCAACGUGGUGGUUGGCGGGGCGGAGGAGGAGCUGGAGGCGGAGGCAGAGGUGGCAGAUACGCCAAUGUCGUCGUUGUCACUCAAUCAGCCAUCGAAGGCGGGUCAGUCGUAGAGACGGUCUCAACGACUCAAGCCAUCGGAGAAGGAGGAUGGUAUGGCAAAGGUCGGGGUGGCCUUGCAGGGGACCUCGUAACGACCAGCGCUGAGGUCGCCGCUUCGGACACUGAGAUCGUUGAUGACGCUGACUGGGGUGGAGGUCGAGGCCGAUGGCGAAUGAACAAUGUCCAAACGGAUGCCGACUCCCGGGACACAUCGUCGUAUGUGUAUGCGAGCUCUACGGGUGACUUGACUGGUUCGACGACUCGGUGGAUCGACGACGCCGAUUCUUGGACAGAUUCCAUGGUAUCCACUUCAACACUUGAUAUCAUCACCUCCGUCUAUAUCAGUAGUACUUCACCCACAGCAAUCUCAUCGCCCCCGACUAGCUCUGCUGUCUCAUCGUUACCGACUUCCUUGUCCUCAUCAGCCGUCUCAUCUGCGUCAGCUGCUCCAACUACGACAUCAUUUUCAGCUUUAUCCUCUAGCUCAACAUCUUCGUCAAUAUCGUCCAGUCCUACAGGACCUGCCACGGUAGGACUCGACUCUCAGAAUUCUCAGGGGAUCACUUACACUGUCGAAGUGGUAAUAGACGGGAAAAAGAUGGAAGUCAUCGCCGAUACAGGAUCGAGCAUGCUCUGGGUCCCGACUACUGGCUGUCCGACAUGCUCUUCUGCAGGGAUGACCAUUAGUAGUAUCACUUUACCCGAUGAUUGCUCGGAGUACGAGCAGAAGUAUGGUAUGGGCUCCGCAGUGGGUUGCAGAACCAACGUUACGGUUUCGCUGGGCGACCUCGAGCUGGAAGACUUAUCGAUUUUAGGUGUCAAGUCUGUGGACUCUAUAUUGGCACAACAGGGAUCCUUCAUGAGCGGAAUCAUCGGCUUCGCGCUAGACGCGGGGACAAUAGGAGACUCGCCGACGUUUGUCAGCCAGCUUUACAAUUCGGGCAAAAUCGACUCACCAGAGGUCGGAUUUUACUUGCCUCGCGGUGCCAAUCAGGACGGCAGCGUUACACUAGGCUCUGCAGCUAGGCAAGUCUUCGUUCUCACACUUGAGUUGACCAGCACAGCCCUCAUGCGAAUGCCAAUUCAGGCGUCAACCUGA